AUGGCGGAAACUGCUACGUUCUCGUCAUCCGGCGUGGAUGCCAUUACUCGCCCCAUACAUCUCGAAGAAGAGGUCCCAGACAUACUCUCUCAGGCCCAGCUUGAAGAAUCAUACGAUAUCGCGCGAACAGUUGACGAAAUCGAGAAAGGGGAUUACAAGAGAAUCGCACUGCAGUUCUCGGAUGAGCUCCUGCCUCAUUCGGUCCCAAUCUUCCGGGCACUGAAGUCCAGAACAACGGAAGGUCGAGAGUUUUAUGUGCUCGCGGACACGUCCUACGGGAGUUGCUGCGUCGAUGAAGUCGCCGCACAGCAUGUAGAUGCAGAUGCUUUGGUCCACUACGGUCAUGCUUGCAUGAGUCAGACAUCACGACUACCAGUGAUCUACGUUCUGGGCAAGAAGCCUAUAGACGUUUCGCACUGCGUAGAAAGCUUCGCAGAGGUUGUGCCAAAUCUUUCUGACAAACACAGCAUAGUGUUGAAGUAUGAUGUGGCCUAUGCCUAUGAAGCUGACCUUGUCAUCACAGCCCUCAAGAACAAGCUGUCUUCGUCGACACGUAUACUGCAUACUCCCGUUACAUUGACUUCACAUCCUGCAUCGUCAGGACAACAUCGUACCCCACAGGAACUCCAAGAAACAGGCGCAGAUCCUUCACCCGAUUCCAAUGUGUCUCCCGAGAAAAGCGCGAUCCUCUACAUCGGCGGAGAAAGCCUCACGCUCACCAACCUCCUACUCACCCACGCAUCUUACGAGGUCUACGCGUACGAUCCCAAGACCCGAACCGCGCGAUUAGAGUCUGGGCGCACGAACAAGCUUCUCAUGCGCCGCUACGUCGCCGUCCAGAAAGCUCGCGACGCAGACGUCAUCGGCAUCCUCGUCGGCACCCUCGGCGUCGCCAACUAUCUCCCCCUCAUCUCGCACCUCCGCACGCUCCUCGCCCGCGCCCAGAAGAAGUCCUACACCAUCUCCGUGGGCAAGCUCGCCCCCGCGAAGCUCGCCAACUUCCUCGAGAUCGAGGCCUUCGUCCUCGUCGCGUGCCCCGAGAACUCCGUGCUGGACGCGAAGGAGUUCCUCCGGCCGAUCGUGACCCCAUACGAGCUCGAGGUCGCGCUGCGCCCGACGCAGGAGUGGACCGGGCGGUACGUACUGAACUUCGAGGAGCUCCUGAGGGAGGGGCAGGCGGAAUCAGAGGGUGCGUCUGUGUCUGCAUUCUUGGAGGGGCCCGCAGAUCCAGACCAGCCCGUAUUCUCGCUCGUGAGUGGGAAGUACAGGCACGCGAAGCGCUAUGGCGGGAAGGACGAAGGCACAGCGAACGGGGAUACGGACUCGUCCGCAGUCGUUUUGCGCAACCAGGGGAGCGCGGUGGCUAUCAUGAGCGAUAGCGCUGCUGCACAUUUCCUCCAGCAACGGACAUACCAAGGGCUCGAGACUCGCGUUGGGCAAGACGCGCCUAGCCUGCUGGAGCAGGGGCGCAGCGGCAUCGCGCGGGGGUAUGGCGACGACCAUCGUGAAGGGUCAUCUGCAUAA